AUGCAGAUCGAACUUAGAAACUUCUUUUUCGAGAGUCAAAACGUGGGCAAACGCCUCAACUGGUCCAAAAAGUGCUAUUCAUGGACAUUCGAGGCAAGUAUUUAGAAACCUGACUAGCCGGAGAUGCAUCAGAAAUAUCGAAUCUAGUUUUUAGACAGCUUGAACUCUGGCAAGAGAACGAUUACUUUGAACGACAAUGUCGUCCUCUUCAAGACCAAGAUAAAUAACUUUGCCAUUGAACCAUAUACUGUCCAAAAAGAUCCUUUGAAGUUGCAAAUUAGCAAGCACACGAAAAAAGGAUCAAUGUUUAAGCAGUACGAACUACUGAUAGAAAACAGAGAAUUUCACGUUCUCAAGUCUGUUGCUGGAUGUAAUAUCCUACUGGAAAAUUAACAAAUUUUUAUAGUGUACAGUGUGAAGAUCGAUAGACCGACUGAGCAGAAAUCAGAAAAUGAGAAAUAGUCAGCUGCUCCUCAAAGUGAUAAUUCUGAGUAAAAUCGCAGCUCCUCUAGUCCAUAGACAUAACCUCAAAAUCAUCUUUCCCAAAUCUAAACUCCAAUCAAGAUGCCCGAGAAUAAUACAUUCUUAUCUCCUAACUUAUCUAAUGAUACAUGUGAUUUCGAUUUCCAGAACAGAAGCUCAAUUACAGGAGCAAAUCAGCAACAGGAGUUUGACUUUCUGAAUUUCUCAAAUACUUUCACUUGUUCUAAUUAAAACUCAUCGGAUCCAAAUCUUGUGAUGAAUAGAGUUUCAUCAAUUAGUGAUCAACUCCCUCAAAACUCAAGCUAUUUGAUCAAUGGCAAUUUCGACACUCAAAUUAACAAUACCACCGUCCAAACCAAUAAAGAUUUGGUCAAGUCAAGCGAGAAACAAAGUCAUGUCUAAGAUUUUUUUGAGUUCAGGACAAACUGCGAAUAAACUCCUUCUACUUCGACCAGUGCCAAUAGCCUUAAUACUAAUGCAAAUUACUCAAAAAACAACAACAACAAUUUCACUUAGCAACAUAGUAAUCACGCCAAUGUGCAAAGAUCAACAUCAACUUUAUUGCCGUUCGAAGACUUUUUCCAACUCAAUGAUGCUUCGAACCCUGGCUAACCCCAAAACAUCAGAAAGUAAUCUUUUGCUGAUGUUGGUGAUUUACUAUGCUUAGACGAGCCACCCAAAUCUUAAGCGAAUCAAAAUUAAGAUCAAAAUAAGAAAUUCAAUCCAGAACCCUACUCAUUCAUCACAGGAAAUGUCCCUAUACAAUAGCAGCAAUACAAUCCUGGCAUGAAUUUCAUGACUAAUAAUAGUUUCAUCUAAUAGUAGCAUUCUUAACAUUAAUAUACUACACAACACUAAAUGAUUCAUACUCCGAAUCGUCAAAGCCAAAUAAAUCCAAUGAUGAUGUACAAUACAAACAAUAACUUUAACUAACAACCAAUCAUGUAGCAGCAGUAAUAGAUUCCUCCUCCUUUCAAUACCAAUCAAGGCUACUACAACCCUGCUAAUCUGUAUUAAUCUAACCUUCCUCAAUAGAACAUUUAUAAUGUGAAUUAGCAACCUAACCCCUCAGUAAUUCAUUAGUAAAUGACUUACUCUAAUCAGAGCAAGGACUUUUAAAUGCAGCAUAUUCUAAAGGAGGUUAAUGGCUUUAACAAACAAGGUUUUGAUCACUUUGAAAAGGUCAGAAAACAACAUGAUGAGGUUAGACAAAAUAAUGACAAACUAGGCCAAUAGCUAGGCUCACUACUUAAAUUUGAUUGA